CUGAGAGUGACGGCCGUGGGCGUGGUCCGGAGACAGCAGGGAAGUGUUUUGCUCGGUGACUUCCGGUCCUCGCUGUGUGCCCGUCCAUCCAUUACCGGCGGAGGGGGAUGGUGACCCGGUGCGGCGGGAGACCGGACUUCACUAUCACCUGAUCGAGGAGCUCAUCCCCCCGCUACCGGCCCGGUACGUCCACCGACACUAUGGCCAGCAUGGCGAGCGGGGAGAUGCAGGGCAAGUACCAGAAACUGGCACAGGAGUAUUCCAAGCUGCGGGCGCAGAAUCAGGUGCUGAAGAAGGCGGUUUUAGAUGAACAAGCUAAUUCUGCAGCUUUGAAGGAACAACUAAAGAUGAAAGAGCAGUCUCUGAGAAAACAGCAGCAGGAGAUGGAUAGCUUGACCUUCAGAAACCAGCAACUGGCCAAGAGGGUGGAGCUUCUGCAGGAGGAGUUGUCAGUGAUGGAAACCAAGGGCAAGAAGACCAAGAAAAACGUGGAGUCUUCUCAGCUGCCUCAAGAACAGAAAAACGUCUUUGAUGAAGAUCUGCAAAAGAAGAUCGAGGAGAAUGAGAGGCUGCACAUCCAGUUUUUUGAGGCCAGCGAGAAGCACAAGCACAUCGAGGGUGAAAUGAGGAGCCGGCUACACGUCCUAGACGCGGCAGCCGCGCAGCACCAAGCUGUCUUAGAUGGCCUGAAGCAGAAAUACAUGGAGACCAUCGAGAAGUUACAGACUGACAAGGCAAAGUUAGAGGUAAAAGCAUUGGCUCUGGAAAAAGAGGCAAAAGACUGCAGACUACGAUCAGAAGAUUGCCAAAAUCAGCUGAAGACUCUUUAUGGAGACCUGAGCAGUCGUCUAGAGGAUUCUCUGUGUAUCAUUAAUGAAAAAGUACCUUUCAAUGACACAAGAACGAGUGAUUUCAAUGCCUUGAACGUACCAUUGCAUAACAGAAGACAUCAGCUGAAGGCUCGGGAAUUAGCCGGCCAGGCAUUGGCCUUUGUCCAGGAUCUAGUCACCGCUCUCCUGAACCUUCAUACAUACACGGAACAGAGAGUCCAGAUCUUUCCCAUAGACUCCGCCAUCGAUGUCAUCUCGCCAUUGAAUCAAAAGUUCUCGCACUAUCUCCACGAAAAUGCCUCUUACGUGCGUCCCCUGGAGGAAGGAAUGCUCCUGUUAUUUGAAAGCAUCACCGAGGGCACCAUUACCGUCCUGGAAACCGCGGUGAAGCUGCAAAAUUUUUCUGAGCACUUUAUAUCCUAUGUGUCUUUUCUGCAAAAAAUUCUCCCAUACCAAUUAAAAAGUCUGGAGGAGGAGUCGGCGUCACCACUUUGCACAGCGCCGUUACAGGGGAGGAACCUGGAACUCCACCGCGACAUGAAGAGAAUGACGGCGGCGUUCGAGAAACUGAAGACCUACAUCUCCCUCCUCGCCUUACCCAGCACAAAUCCAGAGGGUUUGCGGAGAGCCAACUAUGGCUCCAUCCUGACACAGAUUUCUGGCGCUCUCCAUGGACUUCAUGAUAUAUUGAAAGAGCUUUCCAAGCACUACACACAUAAAGCUGUACUUGAACAGGAUCUGCCGUCCGCCACAGAUAAACUUAAAACUACAAAUGAUUGCAUCUUGUCUUCACUAGUCGCUCUUACCAACGCAGCCAGCAAGAUGGCGACGUUCUUCAGCAAUAACUUAGACUACUUCAUGUCAUCGUUGAGUUAUGGACCAAAAGGAGGCCAAGGAUUCACCAAGCCGCUUUCAGCUGCGAUGAUGCUCCAGUACAAGCAGAAGGCCGCCCAGUACAUGAAAGCUCUGAAGACGACCUGCCCGGACUCUGUGCCUUAUGAAGAGGCAUUGAUGAAUCGCAGAGUCCUGCUAAGCUCCACGGAAAGCAGAGAAGGCCUGGCCCAACAGGUGCAGCAAAUUCUGGAGAAGAUGGGCAAGCUGGAACAGGAGAAGGAGCACUGGAUGCUGGAAGCUCAGUUGGCCAAGAUCAAGCUGGAGAAAGAAUCUUAUAGGAUAGCAGACCUUGUGAAGAACCCCGGCAAGGGGCUGGAGGGGGACCAGCAACAGGAAAAUUCCCUAAUACACAGAAAGGACAGUUCCAGUGAAGUUAGUGCUGCCAGUAUGAUCGGCAUGUUAACCACAAGUGUCGACAUCCAGCAGGUCCCAGAUCAGGACUCCAGGGAAGCGCUGAUAAAAAACCACUACAUGACGAGAAUAGCGGAUCUCACCACACAGCUGCAGCUGGCUGACAGCAAGUCUGUCCAUUUCCAUGCAGAGUGCCGAGCUCUUGCUAAAAGAUUAGCGCUAGCGGAGAAAUCCAAUCAGAGUUUAACAGAAGACACAAAGUCGGCAAGUCAGAGCAUCAGCAGAUUACAGGAUGAAUUAAUUACAACUAAAAGGAGUUAUGAAGAUCAGCUGAGCAUGAUGAGUGAUCACCUCUGUGUUAUGAAUGAAACAUUAUCCAAACAGCGGGAGGAAAUAGAUACUUUAAAAAUGGCAAGCAAGGGAAAUUCCAAGAAGAACAAGAAUCGGUAGUUGAUGGCAGUCUGGUCGGGAAGAGAACACUGCUGCUAUAUACACUGUAGAUCUGUGAUGUCCUUCUCCUUUGUGACAUGUGAACCCGGAUCCUUCUCUCGCCAAACCGAAAACACGUUGAACCUUUAAAGAACCGCUCCGACCAGAAGUAAUAUUUCAGUUUCGGGUGGAUAUCUCUUGACCGAAUGGCUGGCUUUAGUCCUCGUUCACAUGGGCAUACUUGCGCUCCUCGCGUGGGUGUACGCUUGUUUUGCCUGCACAGGUGUUCUCUGCAUGCAGGCGGUCCUAUGCAUGUCACUUGGGAUGCAGCGGCUGCACGGACACAGUGGCUGCUCCCAAUUUGAUAUCUGUGUGGGUUCGUCGACACAAAUCCGCAUCCAGGUGGGAGCAGCAGCUGUGUCCUCAAUGACAUGAAUGGGACUGCCUGCAUGCAGAUACAUAGAACUCCUGUGCAGACAAAACACGGGGGUGUGCUUAACCUUUUUGCUUUAACUGCCUCCCGGCCCUUUAAGAGUUUUAAAACCCAGGAGGUGGGCAUUCGGGUCAUGUGACCGCUGUGAUUGGCUGUCGCAGCGGUCACAUGAUUGGAAAGCUUUCAAUCACAAGUAUGCAUCGGGAGCUUACCAAUCCCCGCCGGCUACCGUGCAGGGAGCGUGCUCUCAGCAUGGUAAGUUGUUUUAGCAGGGCCGCAUAUAUGCGUAUGGCUGGUGUCAAGGGGUUAAAGUGGUUGUAAACACUCGCAUAUACCCAGUGAAGUGACUGCCCUCAGGUGAUACACAGUGAUAAAACAAAUCCUCUUACAUACGUUGUACUGGUUUAUCUACAGCCGUCAUUUCCCUGCAUUCAAAGUGCAGACUUUACACAGGAUCUCUCCACUCUGAAAAGCAAGGGGCGGAGAGCUGAAGAUGCAUCAGUGAGGAGAGCUCUGAGAUUUGAUUGGAGAGAAGGGACACGCCUCCCCUUCACAGGAACAGAGCUGAGGCUGUCGAUCAGUUUGAGGUCCCUCCUCUGUCACCCUUUUUUUUU